GCUAGAUGAGUUUGUGAUGUGAGACGUGAGAUGUAAGCAAUCACAAUAAUGACAAGCAAAGAUAGAGAUUUAUAUGUAAGAUGUUUAUAUCCAUUUAGAUGAAAUUCACAUUUUUUUUGGCAGAAAUUUUAUUUUGACAAAUUACGGUGUACCUCUUUGUUUAUAUAAUGCUCGGGAAUAAUAAGAUAGUGGUAUGUAAAGGAUUGUCUGAAAUGAGUGAUAAACAAGAAAUGUAUAUAAAGACAUUGGAAUCUGCUGGUUAUACAUGUGAAUGUUUACAAACUUUGCGAUUCGAAUUUGUGAAUAUUUCAGAAUUGCGAACAUGUCUGUUAACAGCAGAUAAAUAUAGUGGUCUAAUAUUAACGAGUCCACGUACAGUUGAAGCUAUUUCAUUGGCAGUAAAAGGAGAUGUAAAUAUUCUGUACGAUUGGCGACAGACACCAGUGUAUUGUAUAGGACCUGCAACUCAUUCUCUUGCAAGAAAUCAGCUUAACUUGCAACAUUGUAUCGGUAGUGAAUCUGGUAAUUCAAAGCAACUAGCUGAAAGAAUUACUCUUGAUGUAAAAAAAAAUUCAAAACCAUUAUUAUAUCCCUGCAGUGAGAUUGCACGAGAAACUAUAGCGUGUAUUCUUAAUGAUAGUGGUAUUACAAUACAAAAAAUUGUGGUUUACAGGACAUUAGCAAGUGAGUUAUUAGAACAGGAUUUAUUAAAAAUCCUCAUAAAAUCUCCUAGCAUAUUUGUUUUUUUCAGUCCAUCUACAGUAGAACAUAUUACAACACAACUUAAAAGAAACUCUUUUAAUGUAAAAGAUAUAAAAGCAGUAGCGAUAGGUCCUGUGACAAAAAAUGCAUUAAUUAAUUCUGGUUUCAAUGUAUAUGCCACUGCAGAAAAACCGGAACCAGAAGCUUUAAUGCGUGCAAUCACAACUGCUGAAUGUGUAGAAAAUUUCUGAAAAUAUUUGAUGAUAAUGUAAUAUUGUUAUUUAUUACUAAUAAUCUCAGUACAUA